UGUUCUGCGAAUGCGGAUUGGCAUCGACAAACAAAUGUGCAAGGGCCCGAUCCGGGUCCUGUGGUGCUUGCUUGUCUGUACCGUGCAGCUUAUAAUGAGCAAAAUCCGGUACUUUUCCUACCUUUAUAUUGUGGGAACAGUUGAAAAAUUUAGGAACUGA